AUGGAAGGGUGGCAAAUUUAUCAACAUUGGUAUAUUAAACCAGUAACAGCAGCAGAUUCAUCACAAAACACUAACCAUAUCCAAUUGCAAAUGUCUGUUCAGCUAUUGAACCCCAAGGCAGAGUCCUUGAGAAGAGAUGCUGCUUUAAAGGUAAACGUGACUUCAGCCGAAGGCUUACAAUCAGUGCUAGAAACAAAUCUUGGUCCAAAAGGUACCUUGAAGAUGUUAGUGGAUGGAGCUGGUAACAUCAAACUAACUAAAGAUGGUAAAGUAUUAUUGACUGAAAUGCAAAUCCAAUCUCCAACUGCUGUUAUGAUUGCCCGCGCUGCAUCAGCUCAAGAUGAAAUUACCGGUGAUGGUACAACAACGGUUGUUUGUUUAGUUGGUGAAUUAAUGAAACAAGCUUAUAGAUAUAUUCAGGAAGGAGUUCAUCCAAGAAUUAUUACAGAUGGAUUUGAAAUUGCAAGGAAAGAAACAAUUGAGUUUUUAAAUGAAUUUAAAAUUUCAAAAGAAAGCGAAGAAGAGAUGGAUCGUGAGUUUCUGUUACAAGUAGCCAGAUCCUCUCUUUCUACAAAGGUUACUCCAGAGUUGACGGAAGUUUUGACACCAAUUGUAACUGAUGCGGUUUUAUCUGUUCACGACAAGGAGUCGAGAAACCUAGAUUUAUAUAUGGUGGAAAUCAUGCAGAUGCAACAUUUAUCACCAAAAGACACUACAUUUGUGAGAGGUUUGGUCCUUGACCACGGUGGUCGUCACCCAGAUAUGCCAAAUAGAGUUGAGAAUGCGUAUGUUUUGAUUUUGAACGUUUCGCUCGAGUAUGAGAAGACAGAGGUCAAUUCCGGAUUUUUCUACAGUUCAGCAGAGCAGAGAGAUAAAUUGGCAGCCAGUGAAAGAAGAUUUGUGGACGAGAAGUUGAAGAAGAUUAUUGAUUUGAAGAAUGAGGUAUGUGCAUUGGGUUCCGACAAAGGCUUCGUCAUCAUCAAUCAGAAAGGUAUUGAUCCAAUGUCCUUGGAUGUGUUGGCAAAGCAUGGCAUUCUAGCUCUUAGAAGAGCUAAGAGACGUAACAUGGAGAGACUACAGCUAGUCACUGGAGGUGAAGCUCAAAAUUCUGUUGAUGAUUUGUCUCCAUCCGUUUUGGGCUACUCAGGGUUGGUAUAUCAAGAAUCUAUAGGUGAGGAAAAAUUUACCUACGUCACUGAAAACAAAGACCCUAAAUCAUGUACCAUUUUGAUCAAAGGUUCUUCCUACCACUCCUUGGCUCAAACUAAGGAUGCUGUUAGGGAUGGUCUCAGAGCUGUCGCAAAUAUAAUUAAAGACAAGGCCGUUGUGCCGGGCGCGGGCUCCUUCUACAUCGCUGCCUCAAAUCACCUAAAAAAAUGCAACAUGAACAAGUUAGGUGCAAAAGGCAAAGCAAAGACUGGUAUAAAUGCUUUCGCUGAGGCUUUACUUGUGAUUCCUAAAACUUUAGUCAAAAACUCAGGGUUCGAUGCAUUAGACGUGUUAUCCAUGUGCCAAGAUUGUUUAGAGGAAGACGAAUCGAUUAUUGUUGGUGUUGAUUUGAAGGCCGGUGAUUCUUGCGACCCAACUGUUGAAGGUGUAUGGGAUUCAUACCGUGUUAUAAGAAACGCAAUUACUGGUGCGAGCGGUAUUGCAAGCAACCUACUUUUGUGUGACGAAUUGUUAAGAGCUGGUAGGUCGACAUUAAAGGAAGCCCCACCUCAAUAA